CCUUGCUUCUCCGAAGUUAUAUUUACGGCAGUGAAAAUAUAUAGCAAAGUUGAAUAAUAUGUGAUAUUUCUUGAGGAGAGAAACAUGCCACUGAGGAAUGGGUAAAAGAACAUAUACACUCUACAAAGUCUCUUAUUUAAUGUGGCAUUUUGUCAGAGAAACCUUCUCGAGUAGGUUUUACCAUGUGUCUUCGACUUUUGGAAAAUUUUAAGAUAUUUCUUUUGGCACUCUGCAUUCACAAUGUCUCAACACUGCGACUGAAAUCAGAGAAACAUUCAGUUGAAGGUAAAGACCACAAUGCGUCGCGUCGUUACAACGUGAAAGAUUUUUACAACAGCUCAUUGGCGACCAGGCGAAGCACAUACCGCAUUAACAUGCCAAUGAAAGUGGCAAAACUUAUACUUCCGCAAAUCACGAAUAAAAACCAAGAGACUAUCAUUAGAAUAUAUCCCGAUAAAUCAGGCAAGGCGCAAAAUCAAAGUGGAAGCAAUUACUUGUUAAGCCUCAGUUAUAAGAAGCUAAAUGACAUGAGUGCUCCGAACAAACUUCAAGCUGGCAGGCGUGCCUGUUAUUAUGGCGAACGCCCUGGAUGCUGCUCGGUGUGUUGUCCCGGAUCGAUGUGUGGUCCAUGCUCGAUGCCAGGAUCAUGCAUCUGCUGUCCUCGCCCAAUUUGUCCACGACCGCCCUGCUGUUGCUGCUGUUGCUGUUCCAGUCCACCGCCGCCACCACCCCCUCCUCCGAAGAAACCUCCACCUCCCCCUUGCCCUAUGGUAUGUGUACCAUGCAACCCUUGUCCUAAACCUCCAUGCCGUCCAAUAUGUAUACCGCGUCCAUGUCACUCACCUUGCCGUAUACCCGCACCGCCAGUACACGCACCAAUCUUUGGACCCUGUUUGUCAGCCCCGCCGGUUAUGGGACCGUGCCAUCCUCCGUGCUUUCCUGAAAGGCGACCCUUAGUUCCCGCUCCGCUCCACCCUGCCCCUCCAAUCAUAUCUAACAGGCCAAUAGUGGUGGAUCAUCCAUUAAAAGGGCCUCCUAUAUUCAUAGAUCAGUGCCGCGAUGUUCUACCGGAAUGCAAACAAUAUGCAAAGAGGGGAAUGUGUAAUCAUGCAUCGCCUUUUCACUCUAUCCAACAAAUACGAAAAAUAUGUCCGUUCUCUUGCGGGAUUUGUAAUGAUUACGACGAGAAUGCAGCACUUCUUCGAAGGCGUACACAUUCUGGAAUCCAUGUGAGGCCUGCAAUGCGUGCGAAACUGAAUAGAGCCUUAGUACAAAUCAUUCGGAAUAAAGACCUCGAGGGAAAUUCAACACUCGAGUCUCAACCUGUCAAAAUUAAUUCUAAAAAAGAACAAGCUGGAGAAAAGAAAAGUCACGAGGCCUUGGAUCAAGCGAUUCAUUCGGAAAAGGACACCGAACAAGACGAAUUGAAUAGCGGAUCGGGCGAACCCUUCAAUAAAUCGAAAUAAUUCACAUAAAAAUAGGUUUAGAGGUGCGGGGAUGAGAAGGCUUGGAUUGCCCGACGAAUAGCUAUUUUGUAGAAUGGCCGUGAUAUCUGCACAUCCACGAAUGGCAACAUAAAGGGAAAGGCGACGAUCAAUUUAGAAUUAUUUAACUCAAAGUGACGAGAAGCUAAGUUUGAUGGACAUACUUUUAUUUCUAAAGAAACGAGCGUAAAAAAGA